UUCUCAAAAGAAAGAGAAGUAAAGAAGGGGAAGAAGAAGAAGAAGAAGAAGAAGAGAGAGAGAGAGAGAGAUGGGAAACAUUGGAGAGAUUGUAGUGGUAGAAGAAAGGGGAAGAUCAGUUCCUUCAUUAUCAUUUGAUUUUUAUAAUUCAUCAGCAACAAAAGCAAUGCCUCAACUCUCUCUCAACCAUGUUUCAUUUGUCUGCAAAUCUGUCAGAGAUUCUGUCAGGUUUUAUGAAGAUGUUUUAGGCUUUGUUCUCAUCAAAAGACCUUCUUCUUUCAACUUUGAAGGAGCUUGGUUGUUCAACCAUGGGAUAGGCGUUCAUUUGCUAGAGGUGGAUAAUGUUCCAGGAAAGAAGGGGAAGAUCAAUCCAAAGGACAAUCACAUUUCAUUUCAAACUUCAGAUAUGGAGCUGAUAAUGAAGAAAUUGGAGGCAAUGAAUAUUGAGUAUGUGACAGCAGUGGUGGAAGAAGGAGGAAUCACAGUGGAUCAGCUCUUCUUUCAUGACCCUGAUGGCUACAUGAUUGAGAUUUGCAAUUGUCAAAAUCUGCCUGUUCUUCCUCUUUCUUCAUGCCCCUUGAAGUUACCGAAGCCCAAUGGGAAUACAAAUCCACCAUUCUAUGGAAGAAGAGGGUCAGAGGUGGCAUAUUGUGCAGGAGAAGUUGCAGCUCUGAUGAUGGAGAAUUUGGUGGUGGACAUGAUGGACAUUUCCAUGUGAGAAAGAAGAGAUUGAUGAUGAGAUUAGAGCAAAAGUAUAUUUUACAAAUUGUUUUGUGUACAAUGUAUAAAAAAAGGGUGAAAGUUUUGUAAUGUGGGGACAAAUUGCUUUUGUUGUCACAAGUUUCUUCCGCAACUUCUGUUUUGAUAAAUAAGCUCUUUCUAUGUCAUGAAACUGUUGAUUUCAUUGAAUA